AUGUCAGAUACAGUUACAAUUAAAUUCCCAACAGGUGAAUCAUAUAAACAACCAACAGGUAUUUUCAUAAAUAACGAAUUUAGACCUGCCCAAUCUGGUGAAACUUCCGAUGUUAUAAAUCCAUCAACUGAAGAAGUAAUUACAAAAGUUUCAAAAGGUAAUUCAAAAGAUGUUGAUGAUGCGGUCAAUGCUGCAGAUGAAGCUUUCCAUGAAUGGUCUCAAACUGAACCAUAUCAAAGAUCUUUACUUUUAUUAAAACUUGCUGAUUUAAUUGAAAGAGAUCAAGAUAUUAUUGCUAAAAUUGAUUCUUUAAAUAAUGGUAAAGCUUUAAAAUGGGCUAAAACUGAUGUUGGUUUAUUAAUCAGAUCCCUAAGAUCAACCGCAGGUGCUUAUGAUAAAAUUAAUGGUCGUACUAUUGAUACUUCAAAUGAUUAUUUAACUUAUACCAAAAGAGAACCAUUAGGUGUUUGUGGUCAAGUUAUACCAUGGAAUUUCCCAAUCUUGAUGUGGGGUUGGAAAAUUGCACCAGCUGUUAUUACUGGUAAUACUGUUGUCUUGAAACCAGCAUCUGCAACUCCAUUAAGUGCAUUAUAUACUUCCCAAUUGGUUAAAGAAGCUGGUUUCCCACCAGGUGUUAUCAACACUUUAAUUGGAUCUGGUAGAGAUGCAGGUGAUCAUAUGUUGAGACAUCCAAAAAUUAGAAAAACUGCAUUUACAGGUUCAACAGAAAUUGGUCGUGAAAUUUUAAUUAGUUCAGGUGAAUCAAAUUUAAAAAAAAUUAGUGUUGAAUUAGGUGGGAAAUCUCCAAAUAUUGUUUUUAAUGAUGUUGAAUCUAAGAUUGAUCAAGUUGUUGAUUCUUUAAUUUUUGGAAUUUUUUAUAAUAAUGGUGAAGUUUGUUGUGCAGGUUCAAGAAUCUAUGUUCAAAGUGGUAUUUAUGAUAAAAUCGUUUCAAAAUUAGUUGAAAAGACUAAAAGUUUGAAAAUUGGUGAUCCAUUUGAUAAAGAUGUUUUCCAUGGCUCUCAAGCUAUUAAAUCACAAUUCGAUACCGUAUUGGACUAUAUUGAAAAGGGUAAAAAAGAAGGUGCAAAAAUCUUAGUUGGUGGUGAAAGAAUUGGUAAAAAGGGUUAUUUUAUUCAACCAACAAUUUUUGAAACUGAUAAUGAAGAUUAUUCUGUUGUUAAAGAAGAAAUUUUUGGUCCAGUUGCAACAAUUAGUAAAUUCACUACAGUUGAUGAAGUUAUCCAAAAAGCAAAUGAUUCAGAAUUUGGUUUAGCUUCAGGUUUACAUACAAAUGAUUUAAAUGUUGCAUUAGAAGUUUCAAAUCGUUUACAAGCUGGUACGGUUUGGGUUAAUACAUUUAAUGAUUUACAAGAAUCUACACCAUUUGGUGGUUAUAAACAAAGUGGAUUUGGUAGAGAAAUGGGUACUGAAGUUUUUGAUAAUUAUACUCAAGUUAAAUCUGUUCGUAUUAAAUUUGAUCAUAAAAAUGCUUUAACUGAAGGUAAAGUUUAA